AUGGACACAAUUCCUUAUGCUUCUGCAGUAGGGAGUAUCUUGUAUGCUCAAGUCUGCACUCGACCAGACAUAGCUUAUGUGGUAGGCAUGCUUGGUCGAUACCAAAGUAAUCUAGGUAUUGAUCAUUGGAAAGCAGUUAAGAAAGUAUUGCAUUAUUUGCAAGGGACUAAGGACUACAUGCUUACAUACAGAAAAACAGAUAAUCUAGAGAUUAUUGGUUAUUCUGAUUCUAAUUAUGCUGGCUUUUGUCAUCCUUCUGCAAGUGACUGCAUACUUGAUUUUCAGUCUUUGUCAUCCUCAUCUUCAAGCUGUGAAGAGAGUGAUUGGGGAAGUUUUCUAAACAAGGGCUGCUGUGGAGCAGCUUUUGGUGGAUAUCUCUAUUCACUGGGGAAGCAUGCAAAUGAAACAGGGAAAGUAUACUUGAAUUCCACUGAACAGAGGAAUUGCUUGACUUCAAUGAAACGUUUUGAGGCAGAUGCUGUCAGUUGUGGAAUUGAGAAGCUAACAAGUGGUACUGGGGGCUGUUCUGACUUCUCUGUCUUUGAUGUCACUGAAAAGUUGGGAGAUGAAUUUAGGAGUUUGGAGGAAAAUUGCAAAUUUGUGAGUCCUGAUGGAGAAUGGGAUCAAUCAUGUAGUUCUUGUGUGACGAGUUGGGAAGACAUAAGAGGAAUACACUCCGCUUUGAAGGAUGAAACUGAUGGUUGUAGGUUUGCAGUGCUGGUAUCACUAAUAAGCAGCAGAACUGAAGAUGAGUCAUGGUUUGGAAAAAUUUACACAUGCCUCAGGGAGCAGGACAUUGACAAAGGUCAUUUCCAUUUUCAAUCAAAUACGCGGUCCUCUGGACAGGAUGAAACAUCAAGGAGUCAUACAAAGUUUAAAAUUAGCACAGGUUUAUGGUUUCUGAUAGGAGGUCUCAUAGCGAUGGCUUUGAUAAUAACCAUUGGUAUAUGGUUCUUGUUAAGGAGAUGGUGUAAAUCAUAUGCUAUACCAAAGAGAGCAGCAUUAAAAGCCGUGGCACCAGAGGGGCCUGGUUGUAUGAAAAUCUCAAUCAAGGAGGUCUACUCUGCCACAAACAAUCUAAAUGAGAAGAACAUCAUUGGUGAAGGAACAGCAGGAAAGGUAUACAGAGGCAUACUACAAAACAAUCAACAUGUUGCAGUCAAGCACAUCAUCAAUGACAAUCAUAUGGAGACCUUUGUCAGGGAGAUCACAAGCUUAUCACACAUCAAACAUCCAAAUCUUGUGGCCUUACUGGGUUAUUGUGAAGUAGAAGAUGAGUGCUUCCUUGUUUAUGAACUAUGUCCCAAUGGAAACCUCUCAGAGUGGCUUUUUGGGAAGGAUAAAGUCCUGUCUUGGAUUCAAAGGCUUGAGAUUGCAAUUGACAGUGCUCAAGGUCUUCUUUUCCUCCACACAUAUCCAGCAGGAUGCAUUGUUCACCGUGAUAUCAAGCCAACAAAUAUUCUUCUUGGAGCAAACUUAGAAGCCAAGCUGUCUGACUUUGGAUUGUCCAAGGUUAUUGACCAGGGUGAAUCCCAUGUUAGCUCAGAAGUCAGAGGAACUUUUGGCUAUAUGGAUCCCGAGUACCAAUCCAACCACCAUGUCAACUCAUCUGGUGAUGUAUACAGCUUUGGGAUAGUGCUUCUUCAAAUCCUCUCAGGGAAGAAAGUUAUAAAUCUGAAUCUGAAGAAACCGAUGUCUUUAGAUAAAAUGGCCAAAAUCCUUAAAAAAGAUGGAAGCAUAACAGAAUUUGUAGAUCCUAAACUUGAUGGGGAGUACUCAGCAGAAGCUUUUGACCUCAUACUUAAGCUUGCUCUCUCAUGCACAUCGCUUAAGCAACAACGGCCAUCUAUGGAACAAGUUGUUCUGAGGUUAGAAAAGGCCCUCGACACCUCAACUGACACCAAAUCGUCUAUCAUCUGGAGAAAAGAGAUUUCUCGACGAGAUUCAUUGUUACAAUAAUAUCUUGUUUGACAGUACAUGAACAUUAGAAUACCAAAGCAUAUUUGUACCUAGUUUCAUAAUCAGAAGCUGAUUUAGAAUUUAAUGAUCCAGGAGUUGUGUAAUGAAUCAUAAAUCCAUGGAAUGGUGAUAUCCAUGGAACAACAUUCUGGUAGAGAA